AUGUCGGACAUCGGGGACUGGUUUAGGAGCAUCCCGACCAUCACGCGCUAUUGGUUCGCCGCCACCGUCGCGGUGCCCUUAGUCGGCAAACUCGGUCUCAUCAGCCCGGCCUAUUUCUUCCUCUGGCCCGAAGCCUUCCUCUAUCGCUUCCAGAUUUGGAGGCCAAUCACUGCCACCUUUUACUUCCCUGUGGGUCCAGGCACUGGAUUUCUUUAUUUGGUCAAUUUAUACUUCUUAUAUCAGUACUCCACUCGACUCGAAACAGGAGCUUUUGAUGGGAGGCCAGCAGACUAUUUAUUCAUGCUCCUCUUCAACUGGAUUUGCAUCGUGAUUACUGGCUUAGCAAUGGAUAUGCAGUUGCUGAUGAUUCCUCUGAUCAUGUCAGUACUUUAUGUCUGGGCCCAGCUGAAUCGAGACAUGAUUGUGUCAUUUUGGUUUGGAACACGAUUUAAGGCUUGCUAUUUACCUUGGGUUAUCCUUGGAUUCAACUAUAUCAUUGGAGGCUCGGUCAUCAACGAGCUAAUUGGAAAUCUUGUCGGACAUCUUUAUUUCUUCCUCAUGUUCAGAUACCCGAUGGACUUGGGAGGGAGGAAUUUUCUGUCCACGCCUCAGUUUUUGUACCGUUGGCUACCCAGCAGGAGAGGAGGGGUGUCAGGGUUUGGCGUGCCCCCGGCUAGCAUGAGGCGAGCAGCCGAUCAGAACGGCGGAGGCGGUCGACACAACUGGGGCCAGGGCUUUCGGCUCGGGGACCAGUGA